UGGUACAGGGUAGACAAAACCAAGAUCAGAGAAGAUCUGCUGGAUUUGUGGGUCCCGCUCGGUACCGGUCCCAAUGCCGACCAGCCCGACAAAGCCGCCGAAAUUUUCCUCGUGAGAUCCGCGGAGAGAUCCGACUCGCUGCCCCUGCAGGCUUGGCACUCGUUAGCCAGGUCGGCGUUAUCCUGGUUCAUCAGUCGAACGUCCAUAAACGGACUGCUGGGCCGCGGUUCCAUGCACGUGUUCUCCAGCGAGCAAUUUCAAAAGCUAAUGGACGCGAGCGGCUUCACGGGUCCCUGGCAUUCCUUGGUGGACCUCGGGGCAGGUGAUGGCGCAACCACCGCCCACGUGGCGCAUCUCUUCGAGAAGGUGUACGCCACGGAUAUCUCACCCCCCAUGAGGUGGGCUCUGGCGAAGAGAAAGUUCACAGUACUCGACGUGGAGAGAUGGCACGAGGAGGCCGGUCCUUACAAUGUCAUCCUCUGCUUGAACCUUCUCGAUCGUUGCGACCGUCCAAACACCCUGCUGAGGCUAUUGAGGACCUCGCUGGCUCCCGGCGGCAGGCUGGUCGUCGCCCUAGUACUGCCGUUCAGUCCGUACGUCGAGGUCGGCGAGAGGAAUAAUCACAAACCGUCGGAGUACCUACCGGUGCGAGGGAACGAGCUCGGGAUUCAGAUAGCCAGUCUGAUCGACCGGGUCUUCGCCCCGGUGGGUCUGCGAUGCCUCGCCUGGAGCAAACUGCCGUACCUGUGCGAAGGCGAUCUAGGACAGUCGUACUACUUCCUGAACGACGUGGUCUUCGUGUUGGAGGCGCAGCCAGUUAGUACACGAUCCUGCGAGUUGGCGGUAAACGACGAUGUUUCGCUGCGAAGGAACUUUUAGGGCUCGAAACCGAGCGGGCUGUGUAUAAUAUUUAAGGAUGAUUAUAUAACGGGGGCCAGAGAGAAAGAGAGAAAGAAAGUGAUACCAGGCGUGUCUUUCACACUUGUAAAAACUUUAAUAAUUGCUGUCAUGAGUUAGAAUUAUGCGAGAAUACAGAAGAGCAAUACUGGCAAGCGACGACGAGCUUAAUGUGCAGACACAGCGGUUAGCGUUUGGUGUACGAAUAUCAAUUAGCGAUCCGAGUUUAAAAAGGGAACGACGGAUCGACAACGGUGCGCAUUUUACAAUCGUUUAUCAUCUUACUGUCGAAUUCGGUGCGGAAACAUGUACACGGUCUCUAUGGUAUAGAUAUGGCGCGAGAGUAACGAGAUCCGGAAACGAAAUCUGCCCUUUUCCUAACCCUUUCCUGAUGUGCUCGACUCCGUUCGAGAGAACGUCCCUUUAAAAU